AGGUACCUCUGCUACCUUAUUUCGUUCAGGUCGCGUUAUUCUUCGUUCUGUCGACUCUGAACAAUGCUGCUUUUGCAUACCACAUCCCUAUGACCGUGCACAUCGUGUUUCGCAGCGGUGGCAUGAUCAUACACAUGAUUCUGGGAUGGAUGUUCACGAAGAAGCGAUAUACUGUGCGACAAGUAGCUUCUGUCCUCGUCGUCACAGUUGGCAUCAUAAUAACUACGCUCUCUGCCUCAAAACCCAAAUCCCGUGUUGCCGAAGUAGACACAACUGAUGCCUCAUUCUACACAAUGGGCAUCUCCAUCCUUGGCCUUGCCCUCAUCCUCUCAGGUUUCCUGGGACUCAUCCAGGACUGGGUCUUCGCACGAUACGUCGCACCCGCUCAAGCUGAAGCUGCUUCCGACCCCGCAGAACAAUCUUCAUGGCAAGAACAUAUGUCCUACCUCCACUCUAUCGCUCUCCCCUUGUUUUACUUCUCCAAAUAUAAUAUAUCCACGGAGCUCACGCGCAUGAGUUCUAGUCCGCCUGUUUUCCUUUCCCUACCGCAGUCAGGGCCUCUUGCACCGUACGAGGCAGGCCUCAUCGUGCCAUCGAUAUUUGUCUACCUCCUUUUGAACACGUGCACGCAGCUCGUGUGUGUCAUAGGAGUCAACAGGCUCACUGGGCGUGUAUCUUCACUGACCGUGACCCUCAUUCUUACUGUGCGCAAGGCCAUCUCGUUAUUGCUGAGCGUCGCAUUCUAUGGAGGACAGGGAAACACGGAGAUGUGGGCCGGUGCAGGAUUGAUAUUUAUUGGAACUAUCGGGUAUUCGACUGGAAGCAAAUCGAAAAACCAAAAGGAGAAGAAAGAUUAGCGGGAGCAUGUACUGUCUACAUUGGACGCUGCCACAAGAAGAC